AUGGCCGAGCCCUCCCGUCGAACGACAGGCGGUCGUUUCAUUCGAGGUCGCUCAACUCCAGAAUUGAACACCAUCUGCCUCCGCUGGGAACUCUCCAACGCCACAGAAUGUCUUCCUCAGACCAUCCGGCCACAUGGUGAUGCUGAAGAAUGGCCUGCUCUCCUCGUAACACGUCUUUCUGAGCUAGCAGAAAUCACGCAUGGUCGCCACUCGAUUAUAAAGAGGGAAUUGCAAAUAGCCCGUGACCUACGCCUAGACGAGAGCCCUGAAAACGAUCCAGACGUGCAGGUUGAAGAUGUUGAGCUGGUAUGGAAACGAUGGGAUUAUCGGCAGCGGGUGCUUAGUGGGGAUGUAAGUGAGCGGGAAUUCGACAUGGGCACACCGAGGCUAGAUGCUUAUGCUACGCCGCCGCCGCAACCUCCGAGUAGCAAGAAGAGACGCCGGGUAACGCAGAAACCUAAUGGAACGAAGUUGCAAUCCGGGCCUGCUCCACGCUACCAAGAUCCUCCUUGGUCAUCAAGCGAAGUAGGCGAAUCGCCCUCCAAGCAGCGACGCAGAAAAGGGAAGGCGCCGGUAUACUAUAACGACAUUCAAGAGAGUCUAGUAGGCGACCAGCCCACACCAGACGAACAACGAGCAUUUGAAGUCGCUUCAGAACAAGGUGAAGCAGCCCAAGUAGAUCCUUUCCCUCCCCUGCCAAGGUAUCUGAAAGAAUACGAGAGACUGGUAGUAUUGCGUCAAAAACAGGUAGCGCUGGAAGCAGACGAGGCGUACUAUAAGGCCUUGAGGCUUGAGAGGAAGGCGAAAAGCGAUCUUGAGCAUACAAAGUAUGAGGUUCUUCUUCUGGAGAUCGGAACCGAGGAGUAA